AUGCCGCCGAGCGCCGUCGCGUCGGCCCCAGCUCUUCCUUUCCCGGGCCCUUCCUCCCGACUGCCACCCGCGACCUCGGCGGGGGCCCGGAUCGCGGGCAUCUCGGGAAGGGACGAUGUUUGGAGGAGGCGGCGGGGGAGGACGAUUGGGCCCCUCGUCGGCAUGGGCAUCGACGCCGCCCACCCGGGUGGUGCGGAGCGGCGGCAUCCGCAGGGGUACCUGGACCGCUCGGUGGACAUGAAAGAGCUGCUCGUUGCCCUGUCGCAGACCGCCACGCCCGAGGAGCUCCACGCUGUCAUGUCCCCCUACAUCGACGGCAGCAGCUCCUCCUCCUCCUCCUCCUCCUCCGGCGGGCGGCGGCAGCGGCGGCCUUCUCUGUCCCUGCGGUUCAUGGUGGGAUUGCUAUCCCGGGAGCCCGACUGGCGGCGCUCGAUCGCCCUGCUGGACUGGAUGCUCGACGCCGCCGGGUACCCCCCCUCGGUCUUCGCUUACAAUGUCGUCCUUCGCAACGCCCUGCGCGCGGGGCAGUGGGCACUGGCCGCCGGGCUGUUCGGCGAGAUGCGCACCCGCCACGCGCUGGCCCCAGACCGCUACUCCUACGCUACGCUCAUCUCCGCCCUCGGCAAGGCGGGGCGCCUCGAGGCGGCCCUCAGCUGGCUGCACCGCAUGGAGCGCGACGGCGUCCGCGCGGACCUCGUGCUGUACAGCACGCUCAUCGAGCUCGCCCGCAAGCUCGGCGACCACGCCAAGGCGGUGUCGCUCUUCUCCCGCCUCCGCUCCUCUGGGAUCGCCCCCGACCUCGUGGCCUACAACUCGAUGAUCAACGUCUUCGGCAAGGCCGGGCUCCUCCAGGAGGCCCGCGGGCUGCUCGCGGAGAUGGAGGAGGAGGAGGAGGCCGUGCGCCCCGACAUGGUCAGCUACUCGACCCUGCUCACGGCGUACGUAGAGAACCGCCGCUACGUGGAGGCGUUGUCCCUCUUCUCCCACAUGCGGGAGCGCCGCGUGCCGCCGGACCUGACGACCUGCAACAUCAUGAUCGACGUGUACGGGCAGCUGGGCAUGCCGAGGGAGGCCGACCGGCUCUUCUGGAGCAUGCGGAGACUCGGGGUGGAGCCCAGCGUGGUCAGCUACAACACGCUGCUGCGCGUCUACGGCGAGGCGGAGCUCUUCGGGGAGGCCGUCCACCUCUUCCGCCUGAUGCAGCGCAAGGGCGCCGUGCAGAACGUCAUCACCUACAACACCAUGAUUGCCAUCUACGGUAGGUCCCUGGAGCACGAGAAGGCCGGGAACCUCGUGCAGGAAAUGCAACGCGCGGGGGUCCAGCCCAACUCCGUCACCUACUCCACCAUCAUCUCCAUCUGGGGAAAGGCGGGGAAGAUCGACCGGGCGGCCGCCCUGUUCCAAAAGUUGCGGACCUCGGGGGUCGAGAUCGACCCGGUGCUUUACCAGACCAUGAUCGCCGUCUACGAGCGCGCGGGACUCGUCGCGCACGCCAGGCGCCUGCUGAGCGACCUCAACGACCCGGACGACGAGGGAAAGAUCCCCAGGGAGACGGCCGUCAAGAUCCUCGCCAGAGCGGACAGGGUCGAGGAGGCGGCGAGGCUCUUCAGGCGGGCCGUCAGCGCCGGCAGCGUCAAGGACAUCACCGUGUUCCAGUGCAUGAUGGACCUGUUCGCCCGAAACCGGAGGCACCGCAGCGUGGUGGAGGUCCUGGAGAACAUGCGGGCAGCGGGGUACCUCCCCGACUCCGCCAUGAUCGGCAUGGCCCUGCACGCCUACGGCAAGCUGCAGGAGUUCAGCAAGGCGGAGUCUCUGUACAGGGAGAUGCAGGAGGAAGGCUGCGUCCUCCCUGACAAGGUGCACUUCCAGAUGCUCAGCCUCCUGGGCGCCAGGAGGGACUUCGCGCGCGUGGAGUCGCUCCUCGCGGAGCUCUCCUCCGACCCUAACGUCAACAAGAGGGAGCUCCAGGUGGUGGCCGCCGGCGUGUACGAGAGGGGGAACAGGCUCGACGAGGCGUCGAGAAUCAUCAAGAGCCAUGCCCGAGGGGUGCUCGACUGA